CAAAUUUUCAUUGUGUUCUUCCUGCACCCUGGCAACCAGCCCGUCUUCUCUCUCUCACUCCACCGUUUUGAAAUAUCAUCCUUUUCUCGAUAACACUCCAACAGGAUCCAAACCUUUUCCCACCCAAUCCCCUUCUUCAAAACCUGCUUGACUUGUCCCUGUGAUAUAUCUAUUCUUGCUCAACCACUAUCAUUUGCUCCGCUACAUUGUGUUAGCCUGGAUGUGCUGGCUCACUAAUACGAAAUGGCUGCACGCACAUCUUCAAGUUUAUGGUCAACCUUCAACCACGUCGUUCUACCACCUAAGCUCCCUGGCACUGCCGACGCCGGGGAAGAGCUCAUGGAAAGAGAUCUGAUACGGCGGAUGCUGGAGACGGUGGUUAUUCUGAAGGAGAACUGCGAGCUUGAUUUAUUGUCUACCUGGCAAAUGAUUGAAAACACUUUGCAACUAUCAUCACUCGCAAAUGACGGCACAUUAUGCUAUGAACCAGCCCUCAUCAAGGCGUUCGAGAAAGUAUCUCCGGACAGUUCUGCUUUUCUGCGCUUCCUAGAACAAAAUGCCGGUCUUCUCAUUCGCAGAUCCCCUCAUACUGAACCAAACGUUAUAAUCGAAGCCUCCCCUACCGCAGAGCAGGCUCUUUCGGCGAAAGGCGCUCUACAAUGGGAUUUCCCUGGUGUCGCAGUGUCCGUGCCAAGUGAUGUGUUCGAUAAACCCAAGUUCCGCCAACGCCUUGCGGCGUUUUUGGAAAAAGCUGGCGGUGAAUCCUUGGAUCGGUUUUCCGUCAAGGUGUGGAAAGCCGGGGUAGAGACUUCUGAGGAUAGAAAUACUGUACACCCUGCCAUCGUAACGCAAUUCCUGAUGACCCUCUUCGAGGUCAACGGUCAACGGAUAUCUCUACCUGCCCUACGAAAGCGCGUCAAAGAUGACGUAUGCUGGGAUAAUGCGAGACUUCCGUGGCGUCGCAGCCCGUUUUGGCUCGUUUUGAGGGUCUCCGUCCAACGGCUACUCUACCUACAUCUUGGAAGCGAGGCAGGGCGCAUACAAUACCAGGCAUUGAUGUGCUUGUUCCUGGCAAGGUUGCUUAGUGACUGUGUUAGGGACUUAAGUUCGGACAAAUACGAGCUUCUCAAGGUCAAACUGUGCCGCCGCCUGGCAAAGCUCGAUUCAGAGAAAACAGAGAAAAAAUGCCUGAGUUUGACAGAUGGACGUAGACAUGCGUUCACAGUUGUCCCAAGGGUGGUCGAACUCUUCUGCACAAAAUCGAUCGAUGUGACUACAGCAGCACUGGAGACUGAGUGGAAGAAUUGGAAAAGGGGCUUUCAGCGACGUGUUCCAAAGCUUCCAACUCGGGCAUCUCAUGAAGGCCAUUGCUUGCAGCUACCAAAAAGCCUUGCCUCUUACAAAAGACCCUGGAACCGGCCCAGCAUCGCCACUCUGGAGCGGAGGCCGUAGACCCUAGGUCGCUCAGUCAAAUUGCAGAUAAAAAC